AUGGAUUCCUCAUCAGAACUCUCAGACCCGCCGUCCUCGGACCCGCCCUCAUCACCCCUGUCCGAAUUAUCAAAGUCGCCCUCGCUCUCGCCGAGAUCGAGAUAUCCCUCGCCUUUGUCCACUGCGCCGUCGGGAAGCGCCUCGCCCAUGAAGAUGUCUGAGAACAUCAACGCCGCCGCCGCCGCCGCCGAUGCAGACUCCAUCUGCGUCAACCCAGACGGUGGCCGGCCUACCAAGCGCCGCAAGAUCGAGAAGAAGCCCCGCACCACCGAGUAUCUGGAUCUGUGCGCCGGCUACGACCAUGACGACGACGAGGAGGAGCUGCUGCAGCGCCUGCUGCGUACUCUGCGGAGGAAGAAGAAGAUUGUGGUCGUCGCCGGCGCCGGCAUCUCCGUCUCCGCUGGAAUUCCCGACUUCCGCUCUUCCGAUGGCCUCUUCAAGACUUUGCGAACACAGCACAAGCUCAAGGCUUCCGGGAAGCAGCUAUUCGACGCUUCCGUCUACAAGCACAACGACUCGACCGAGUCCUUCCACGACAUGGUUAGAGAGAUGUCCCACCAGACCAAGAAUGCAAAGCCCUCGCCUUUUCACCACAUGAUUGCUUCCAUAGCCGAAGAGGGCCGUCUGCUGCGGCUCUACACCCAGAAUGUUGACGGCAUCGACACCUCCAUGCCGCCUCUGGCCACGGCCGUACCCCUGAACGAGAAGCCCCCGUGGCCCCGGACGAUUCAACUUCAUGGAGGCUUGGAGAAGAUGGUCUGCUCAAAGUGUAGUGAACUCUAUCCGUUUGACGGCUCCCUCUUCAAUGGACCCGAGCCUCCGCCCUGCAAAGGUUGCCUAGAGACGGAUAAUGUACGCACAUCGCACGCUGGCAAGCGCAGCCAUGGCGUCGGCAAGCUACGGCCUCGCAUGGUCCUCUACAACGAGCAUAACCCUGACCAGGACGCCAUUUAUAAAGUCAUCAAAGCCGACUGCAAAAAGUCACCUGAUGCAAUCAUCGUGGUCGGCACUAGCAUGAAGAUUCCCGGGGUGAAGAUGCUCGUCAAGGAUCUGUGCGAGGUUACAAGAGCACGCAAAGACGGUGUCACUGUUUGGAUCAACCUGGACUCGGAACCAAGCGAUGCACAACUGAAGGAUUGUUGGGACAUAGUCGUGCGGGCCAAAUGCGACGAUGUUGCUACCUUGGCAGGCCUGCCGUACUGGGAUCAAAGCCCUGCCUUGGGUGAUGACGUGAAGGUGGACGAUGCGAAGAUGAAGGAGAAUCUACGUGGCACUGAACUCGAGGUCCGGAUACCAAGAUCACCUGAUCUCUCAGCCUCCUCAGUCAAAGACGAAUCGCGCGCCAGUACCCCUACCGAGGCGAAGCCCAAGUCCAUCGAGAAGUUCAAGGGUAUUCCCACGCCGACUGCUAGCCCCAAGAUGCGCACUGCAUUGCCCGACAAGCCCUUUCAGAAGACAAAGCAAAGCCAACUUGUGUUCCCUGGGAAAUCCAAGGCAGCUUCCAUCGGCGGGCCCAAAGAGGCCACCAAGCAGCCUGCCCGGAAACCACGACAACCCAAGAAGGUUGAAGCGAAGCCGAAAACCACUCUCAAGAACUCUUUCAAGCCGACGAAAGCCUCUGUCGCACCCUUGGAAAAAGUUCCAGCCAAGCGAGUCCUGGACUCUGACCUGCACGCCAAGUCAAUUUACGCCUCGGACUUCAGCCUUCGCCCCUCAACAGCCAGUAGACCAAAGAGGGAGAGUUCUGGCUCUGAAAGCGUUCCCGAUCAACACGCAGUCGAUUCUCAGCUUCAGCAGGAGACAACUCGACACAAGCUUCCUACAACGCCCACCCAGCCGAAUCGACCUGGGUCUUCUCAUUCUGAAACUAUCAGCCCCCCUUCGAAGCCGAGAGGACUGGCGUCACUGAUUGAUUGA